AAUGUUAUUUCUUGUGUGCAGUUAAACAUGACUACCCCAAAAGAAAGCUCAGAACAACAGAUUCAGUCUAGCUUACCAUGUCUAGAUUGCGAGGGACAGCUAAUUCUUCAGAAGAAUUCCAACGAUGGCGAUGCUAACGAAAAGAAUCAUCAACUCUUCAGUUGCAACUCCUGUGAAUUGCGCUUGGAAAUACAGAUGGAAGACGACUUAUCAAAGAAUGGCACUGAAAAACGCUUUCAGUGCGAUAUCUGCAAUCGAUUCUAUGCGACACCAGUAACACUAAAAGUGCACCGAUUGCUGCACACAACCGGCAAGACUGAGUUAUGUGAUGUUUGUGGGGCCAGAUUUAAAACACGAGGUCAAUUAAAGAUACAUCGGCGCGUUCAUUCGGGUGAAAAACCGUAUAAAUGUAAUGAAUGUGAUAAAUCUUUUCCGUAUAGAGAAAGUCUUAUAACACACUCCACGGUACAUACGCGCAUCAAACCCUUCCUGUGCGUCGUGUGCAAUGCGCGGUUUUCUUGUAUUGGAAAUCUUCUGAAGCAUCGUAAAGUACGUCCAACGAAGUGUGGUUUGGACAGCAUUCCUAUCAGACAUAUCGGACCACGGCCGAAUAAAAAGACAAUGCCAAGUUUAACUGAUCGACAUGACAAAGAGACGCAACCUAAACGGCGGCCGAAAGUAACAAGUCCACACAAAACAACUGACCCCGUUGAUGAGAUCGAAUCAGAUUGUGUUAUUGAAGUGUUUCAGGAUGAAGCGUUUUCAUCGUCUGAGCAGGACGACGAAACCUCUAAUUUUCCAACUCAUGCAAGUCCCGAACAGAUAUUUGCUAAAGAAGAGGAAUUUUUAGAGGGCGAUGAAAACAUCAGCUAUGACCAUUUGUAUGUCGAUAAAGAAUCAAUCACUGAGAAAGAACAUAACAUUAUUGAAACUUCGGAAGGAAAAACAAAUAUCGCACAUGAUUCCAAUAAUUCUGCACAGGAAGGGGAAAAUUCUGUUCAUACAGUUUCCGAUAAUGACGAAAAAGGAAAAUGGGAAUAUGUCCAUGUUGAACCUGAUCAGUCGAGUGAUUUAUCCACGGGAGCAAAAUCACACAAAAAUAGCAACAAACGCCAAAGGAAGCAACAAUCAUUUGAAUCUCUGGAACAGCUGUUAGACAUGGCGAAUGAAGAAUCGUUCCGGCAAGAACAGCAACAAUUGAAGUUAUUGCACGAUCUAUCGGAACCCAUCGGAACGGUUGAUGAGCUCUACCGUUGUAAGCUUUGCCCGCAACAGUACACCACACAGUAUCUGAUGGCGCGCCAUUUAGAACGGUUGCACAGUGUGCCGCUGGAUCGAGCCCGGCAUAAGUUGCAGUAUGUAAAAAAUACUACCAAAUCUGAAAGGCGAUAUCGCUGCAAAUACUGUGAUCAGACGUAUGUCAACCGAACGUGUUUGGGAAAGCACAUCCUUAAACAUGGGCCGGAAGGUUGUUUGAUAUGCAAAUGUGCCUGUUGUGACGUGUAUUUCGGGACGCAAGAAGAAACGCGCCAACACGAACUGGAGCAGCAUCGUGACCGAUUGGAAUGUAAGGUUUGCCAGAAGCUGUUCAAAAAACCCGACCAAGUUCUGCGACACACCCGGUACGCGCACGGCUCCGCCGCGAAAGACCGCAACCAAUAUCUUUGCUCGCAAUGUUCGAAGAAUUUCCCUUCGAGAAUUGCACUGUCCGAUCACGAACGUGGCGGCUGUGGUAAAUCACCAAUCUAUCCGUGUGAUAAAUGUGACAAGCGCUAUUCGAGCUACAACUCACUGAAGAUGCACCGAACGCUGCAUGAAAACCAAUUACCUUUUGUGUGUAGCUUCUGUGGGAAAAAGUUUCGCACCAAGGGCCAGCAAAAGGUGCACGAACGCUCCCAUACGGGCGAGAAACCGUUCCAGUGUGAUAAAUGCACGCGUGCAUAUUCGUAUCGAGAAUCAUUGGUUGUGCAUCUUAGUACCCAUACAGGUGUAAUGCGUUACGGAUGUAAGGAUUGCGAUCAGAGGUUUACAUGCAUUACCAACUUGCAAGCACAUCGCAGAGUAUAUCACAGAUCACGGGUAGCUAGUACGGGUCAACUAAAAAAGAGCCAUGAAACCAAUGAAAUGCUAAUAGGCUAA